CGAUCGUCUUGCAAAGAGCACAUCUCGAGAAGAUGUUCUCUCAUCUCGAUUAAGCGCCGGGUAAGAUCAAGGACACAGGAUGAAAGUCACAUGCUGGUUGCUACCGUUACUAAUUGCUUCUCUCGUGCGAUCAAGUUCGCUUUUGAAAUUGACUAGUGACGAGGAUCUUUUAACAGCAAAAAUCAUCAGCAGUGAGAUCGAAGGACUUUCGUCGCGAGAAGCUCUAGAAGAAUUGACGACACUAUUGAGACAAGCUACAAAUUCUUCAGCAUCGGGAAAUGGCACAGUCACCGCGACCAGACAGGGACCUUGUCAGUGCGGCAGUGGUGUUUGCGGAUGUUGUUCGAAGAUUCUGUACGACACGUGGAAGCAAAAGGCUUGUGUGAACAUUACAUACGAUGCCGACGAGUUCAGCUUUACCGCUAAAAUUUCCAUGAAUGACAGAGUUUUGUACACAAGAACUGUUUCUGGGAAGAAUCCUAGACCGAUAUGCGUUCCUGUUCCAAGAAUACCGGUUAUCCGAGCGUGCGUCAGAUUCUAUAACAUAUAUUUCCAAGGCAGGAAUAUUCAUCUAUGUGUCAAUAUGGAAGGAAAGUUUCGAGAUACUGUAUUGUUUAAGGUUAGCCUAGACUGUCUCAGAUUUGGUGCAAAUGGAUUAGCCAUUCUAAAGCCAGAGGAUGGAGGUGGUUUAGGACAAGUUGAACUUUUGCCAGAAGGCAUCAUAAAUGAUAAUGCUGACGAUUACGAUGACGAAAAUGAUGAUUAUGAUGAUGAUGAUGAUGAUGAUGAUGAUGAUGAUGACGACGAUGACGAUUUAUUCUAAGAAUAUGUUUUUGGCAAAUAAAUUUUUAUGUAUUAAGGGCACAAUAAACUAUGAUGAACCAGAAACUUGUUUUUUUCAACAAA